AUGAGUGUUGGUUAUACAGGUAGAUUUUUGGUUGGUGGAUUACAUUCAACCAACAUUGUUAGAGAAAAUGGUGUAAGAUCAUUCAGUAGAUACUACUCUAGUGUAAAGGAUGAAUAUCAAAAGAAGAUUGCAGAUCAAGUCAAAGAGUUCCCAUGUGUUCUCUACAUGAAAGGUACACCAGAGAGACCAAUGUGCGGUUUCUCAAAUACAGUCAUUCGUAUCUUAGAGGCUGAAGGUGCAACUUUUAAAUCACACAACGUUUUGGAGGAUGACGAUCUCCGUGAAAAUAUCAAGAGUUUUUCUAAUUGGCCAACUAUUCCACAGGUUUAUAUCAAAGGUGAAUUUGUAGGAGGUGCUGAUAUCAUGAUGAACAUGUACAAAACAGGUGAACUCUCAAAGAUGUUGGAGGAUGCUGGUGUUGUAGAAAAACAAUAA